AGACGACACUUCUUGUGUGGGGUCAAGACAUACUGACUGAGCUGAAUAAGCUACUCAACUCAAAAUGUCUAAACUACAGUUGUUUCAUGUGUUUUUAAAUGAGCGUUUAACGGCGGCUGCUUUGGAGAUUUUCGGGGAAGUUGAGAAAACGGUAGUAGAAUACCAGGAGGAGAAUGAUCGGCUACGGAGACUGCUGCGGAUCACGUCGGAGAUAAAACUAUGUAGAAGAGACUCCCGGCAGUUCUCUCUCUCUGAAGAGGAGGUUCCCCCUGAGCAGCAGCACUGUGAGCAGGAGUGGAGCCCCAUUCUGGGACAGGAGGACCCAGAGCCCACACAGAUUAAAGAGGAACAGGAGGAUCUCGGGACCAGUCAGGAGGAAGAGCAGCUUCAAGGGCUCUUUGAUACCGAAAACUCCAUAUUCACUACUUCCUGUGUGAAACGUGAACGUGAUCAGGACCCACUUUGGUCCUUGACUCUUCCCCAAACCCAGACCGUGGAGAAUAGAGAGAGAGACUCUAAACCAGUGGAUUUCACACCCUUUGGAACUGUGACCCACCUAAAGGGUUCAAAACUUCCCUGUGACCCUCCAGAUAAUCAAAACAUUGCCUGCAGCCACAGCUCAGCCGUAAGCAGCGACACAGUAGGAAUUGACACUAGCCCACCUUUGGAUCUGAAUCCACCAAUGGGGGAACUCUGCACAUGCCCCUUUUGUGGUAAGAACUUCAAACAAAAAGGACAUCUGUCCAUGCACAUGAGGAUUCACACAGGAGAGAAACCUUUUAGCUGUGGUGACUGUGGGAAGAGCUUUAUUCAGAAGGGGGACCUAAGAAGGCAUAUCCUGACUCACACAGGAGAGAAACCAUUUAGCUGUAAUUUUUGCUGUAAAAGCUUUAGUCAAAAGGGGGACCUAAGGAGGCAUAUACUGACUCACACAGGAGAGAAACCACAUGGCUGCUCUGUCUGUGGUAGAACGUUCAUUCGUAAGGCUCAUCUGCUGAAGCACGUGAAUAACGUCCACAAAGAAAGAAAACAGAAUGAAAACUAAUGAGGACAAAGAUGUUCAGUCAGAAGAUGGGAAUAACAGGCAGGAUGUGGACAACACUCUUAGGAAAGGAAAUCAACUCUGGAUCAAUUCAUGCUGUGGGUUUCAGAUAAAUAGAUGCGUGAUCAAGUUAUGUUUUUCAACAUUCUAUGUAAAUAAAGUUUGAUUUGAUUCGAAUGAUGAUGUAAUGAUUAAACGUUACACAGUAUUGUAGGAAGCUCACCGGUCUGCUGUUCAGUCUGUUGAUGUUUUCACGUUAUUAGAAACAGGAAUUCCUGGUCCUUUGAUUUAGAAUGACUCCCUGGUGAUGAGAGAAUGGUCCGACUGAUGUUAUUUAGACAUUAAAACAAAAUUCACCCUGCAUCCCACUGCUGGCUUGCCUCUGAAGCUAAGUAGGGUUGGUCCUGGUCAGUCCCUGGAUGGGAGACCAGAUGCUGCAGGAAGUGAUGAUGGAGGACCAGUAGGAGGCACCCUUUCCUCUGGUCUAAAAAAAAUAUCCCAAUGCCCCAGGGCAGUGAUUGGGGACAUUGCCCCAUGUAUGGUGCCGUCUUUCGGAUGGGACGUUAAACAGGUGUCCUGACUGUCUGUGGUCACUAAAGAUCCCAUGGGACUUAUUGUAGGAGUAGAGGUAUUAACCCCGUCCUGGCUAUAUUCCCACUCUGACCCUCAUACCAUCUGGCCACCCAAUUGUUCCCAUCUCCCAAUUGGCUCGUUCAUCUCCUCUCCCAUGUAACUAUUCCCCAGGUUGUUGCUGUAAAUGAGAAUGCGUUCUCAGUCAACUUACCUGGUAAAAUGAGGGAUUAAAGAAAACGUGUACUUCCCAGAAAUUACUGAAUCUCCUAUCUGUUCAGCAGUAUUUCUCAUUGUCUUAAUGCUGCUCAUUCGUGAUAUUGUUUGAAUCUUUUCAAAAGUGUUUUUCCGGCCCCAAUUCAAUAACAUUCUUUCAAUCUAAUGAUAAAUGCAUUCUGAGAUAUAGUGCAUCCUGUGAAAAGAUAAACGGCGUGCUCGACCUUUUAGAAACUUCAAUCGGGUGCAGGAUCCUCGUGUAUAUAAUCCAUAGAACAGAGAUAGGACAGCAC